UGUACUUCUAGGCAAAGUGUCAUCAGUUCUCCUGCUUUGCUUAUCUAAUCAAAGCCAUUCAAAGGAAACAGCUUCAACUUUCUCUCACUCACUCAUUCUAUCUGAGAAACGCUCAAGUGAGACAGUUGAGAAGUUCCCCGGAGUGCUUCAGACUAAAAUGCAUCUCUCCGUCAUCCUUGUGGCUCUCGCCUUCACAAAGUGGCUCACUGUACACUGGGUCACAGCAACCGUGGUUGAAGAUUUCAACCAUGUUGAGAGAUGCAAGGAUUCACUCUACAUGGGAACCCCACCACGGGGCUUCACUGAUCCCAGGCUCAAAAAGAUUUGCCAGCGCUACGCUGACAAACCACGAUAUGUGACCCUGUACGACCCUAAAAAACGUAUCCCAGUGUACUCUGCAUAUACCUUCAAGAAAACAGAGGGCGAUCGCCGUGUAGACUACCCCUGGAUGUAUGAGCCUCAGCUUGCAGAACUUGAUGGAAAUGGGAACAUGUUGCCUUUCCCUACUGGCUACCUACACAUGAAGUUUGAGGAUAGCCAGGCAGUUUUGGAAGACUACUCUGAUGUGGUACUGUAUGAGAGAGGCCAUCUGAACCCAGACCAGCACCAGUCUGACCCCCGUGACCGAGCUGCCACCUACACACUCACCAAUGUCGUUCCAGAGGUGCGGGAGUUCAACAUCGGACCAUGGCGCGAAUAUGAAGAGCGCAUUCGAGUACGGCUCAACAACUACUGCCGGGGCACAGCCUACAUUAUUACUGGGGUUACCUCUACCGGUAAUAUGAUCCGACGUAACAACCAGAAUAGGGUUGGCAUCCCUGACGAAGUGUGGUCUGCCUACUGCUGCACUGACUAUGACCGGAAUGCACCACACAUCGAACGCAUCCACUUCCCAACCCAAGGGGCCCUCGCCAAGAAUGCAAAGGAGGGGAAUGCUGUUCAUGAGCUCAUAUUGAUGGACUUGGAGGAGUACCUGAAGAAAAGAAUUGAUGUAGACCAGAACUUCCAACUGUUCUAUGAUAACUGCAAAGCUCCUUCCCCUCUUCCUCCCUACCUUUACCAUACUAUAUGACCUGCCACACCUUCAAUUUACAGCUUUGCAUUGGUUGUGGUUUCCUUUUUCUUGCUGUCUUUUCUAAUGUGUGUUUUUCCUAUCCCUGUCUAAUUCUAAGCAAGUUUUUAGUCUUGCAAUUUUGAGUUUUUCAGAAGUUUAAAUAAGGUUUAAAUACAGUAGUCUGAUAUUGAAGAUGUUUAUGGAAAAUGUGUCACUUUAUGGUGUAAAAAAUGGCUGUGUGAGUGAAAACAACUUUGGUUGCUUAGUUUUGUGUAGCGUUGGAAUUUUUUUUUUCUUUUCUUUUUUCUCAGCUCUCUUGUCUACACUUGGGAAACCAUUUUAUUGUCUUUAUCUUAACAUUGUACUACAUGCACAAUGUAAACGUGAACUGCCUCAAUUUGCAUAUACACAUUAAAUUGUUCACUGACACCACCUGAAGUUCUAAGUAGUGGUUUUUAAGGAUAAGUAUUGGCUGGUUUUGAUGAAGGGGGAGAGUGAAAACUCUCCUGAUGAUGUGUUGAAAAACGUGUACCAACUUAUUUCUUAAAUUCUUGUGGUUUCUUCUAUAAUUAUGACUAAUACAAACCAAUAAAAUC